AGCAGAUCGUAGCCGCAACUUGAGAUGCGCAAAGUGUUAAAACGCAUGCAUAUCAUAACAUUUUACAUUUCGCUGCUAGGGUCGCUCUCUGCUCUACAAAAUUCAUGUUGUUCCAUUUUGAAGCCGCUAAAAUGCAUACAUGUACCUUCUCCUGAUAUCACCAAUAUGUGCCCAUUCCCUGCCGAUCAUUUGAAGUAUGGUUGCGCGACUGCCAAUGGGGAAAAAAUAGCAGGGUUUAGGCCUCUGGGGCAGAUACCUGGUCACAAGACCCCAUAAUACCGAAUGUUGAUUCGAAUGAACUUUAUACUGGGAUACUUGAUGUCAUCUGCCACCGUGCGGUGCCUCUUUUGGAGAUCACCAUUGCUUUGGGUUGUUAUAAGAGCAUGCCUUCUAUUCACCGGGUUGCCAAAAUACUACAUCUGCUCAUCUCUGAAGUACUGCCUACGUCUUAGAGAUAAACUGAAUGCUAUCUAUACUGGCCGCUGGGGUAUAUCAUGGGGCUUUCUUCAUACGUACAGGCCGCUGGUACGGCUGCUGUGCUACUGACAAAAUUUGCAAAGGCAUCGUGCAAUAUUUUAGAUCUUUCGAAGCAGCAGUGGACUCUUAUAAGUCCAAACUUCCCAAAUAUAUCCGUUCCCGGAAAAGUCCCAUCGCACGCCCACGUCGACCUUUACGCAGCGAACAUUAUUAGUGACCCUUUGAUCGAACUAAACGACUUCAACCUUCGCUGGGUUGGCUUUAAUAAUUGGACAUAUACGAGCGAAAUCAAUGGACUGAAAAACUCUGAGAGCCUGGCCACCUACCUCGUCUUUAACGGUCUUGACACCUACGCCGCCAUCGACUUCUGUGGACAACAGAUUGCCAACGCUGAUAAUCAGUUUCGUCAGUGGGUUUUUAAUAUCUCUGAAGUCCUGGCAUCCUGCCAAGCUCAGCAACCGCAGCUUGCUGUUAGGUUUGGCGCUGCACCCAAUAUCUCGGCAACUAUUGCGGCGGAACCUGGACAGGAGACAUGGCCAAACGGCAUUGAUGAGGUCUACGAGAUUCCCAACAGACAAUUUGUACGGAAGGAACAGUCUGACUUUGGAUGGGACUGGGGCCCAGCCUUUUCUCCUGCAGGCAUUUGGCAACCUGCGUACCUAGUUCAACUUGACGGGCCGGAAUCUGUAUAUGUUAAAAAUUCGGCUUUUGAUUUGUACCGAUAUGGCCAACUGAACAACGUGCCACCGGAUCAGUCCACCGACUGGAUUUUCAACGCGAGUGUGGACGUUGUCGGAAACAUCCCUCUCGAAGCAUACCUGAGAUACUCAAUUGUAGAUUUAGACACUAAAAAGCAGGUGAGUAAUGGGAGUUUUAGUAACAUAGUGAAUGGAGGGGACGUCAUCACCGGUAUUGCGACCCUCAAUGCUUCUGAAUACGAGCUCUGGUGGCCCAAUGGCCUUGGUGCGCAGAAACUCUAUAACAUGACCGUCGAAAUUAUCUCAAAACGUAAGACCAUCGCCUCUGUUAGCAAGAGAAUGGGCUUUAGGACUAUUGCCCUCAACAUGGAGCCUAUUAGCGACCUGGAGCUGUCCCAAGGAAUUAUUAACGGUAGCAAUUUUCACUUCGAAAUCAAUGGGCAGACUUUUUAUGCCAAAGGCAGCAACUUUGUUCCACCGGACCCUUUUUGGCCGCGUAUCACACCUGAGCACAUACAUGAGAUCCUUUCUGAUGUUGUGGACGCUAAUCAGAAUAUGCUGCGCGUCUGGUCCAGCGGCGCCUACGCACCCGACUUCAUGUACGAUUUUGCUGAUGAGAUGGGAAUUCUGCUCUGGUGUGAAUUCGAAUUUAGUGUUUCUUUGUACCCAGUCGCGCCGGCCUUCCUCGAAAGUGUCCGCCAGGAGGCCGUCUAUCAAGUGCGACGUGUCAACCAUCAUCCGUCCAUGGCACUCUGGGCCGGUGGAAAUGAAAUGGAGAAGGAUGAGCUACCUGCUAUAAAGUCUAAUUCUCCAGCCCAAUAUGAACGUUACUUAAGUGAGUAUCUGGAGCUAUUUCUUAACACAUUGCUACCUGCCGUCUAUGGCAACUCUCGGAGCAUCAGCUAUAUGCCCUGUAGCACCAACAACGGCUACUUGGAACUCAAUUUUAGUCUGCCGAUUCCGUUUGUUGAUCGCCUCUAUAACACCACUCCUGGUUACUUAUAUGGAGACAGCGACUUUUACGAUUAUAACGCAGCCCAGGCUUUCGACAUCAAUCACUAUGUCGCUGGCAGAUUCGCCAAUGAGUUCGGUUUCCAUUCUAUGCCCAGCAUCGAGACGUGGCGUGAGGCCAUUCCUGAUGACCAACUAUCUUUUAAUUCAACCAUGACCGUCUUGCGGAACCACCAUUAUCCACCUGGCAGCCUAACUACUACUAAUAUUGCUGAUCCUCUCAGAGGCAUGGGCGAGAUGACACUGGGUGUUCAGCUAUGGUAUCCACAGCCCGUUAAAACAGACCCCAUCGCCAACUUCUCUGCUUGGUGCCAUGCCACCCAAAUAUUCCAGGCCGACUUCUAUCACACCAAGAUUCAGUAUUAUCGUGCCGGCUCGGGUAUGCCUCAUCGACAGUUAGGUUCACUGUAUUGGCAGCUUAACGAUAUCUGGCAAGCGCCGACAUGGUCAAGCAGAGAGUACGACGGCCGCUGGAAGGUCAAUUUUUACGCGACAAAAGACAUAUUCCAACCUGUUAUUAUUGCGCCAGUAUUCAAUGUCACUACAGGCAUAUUAGAUAUAUAUGCGGUUUCUGAUUUAUGGAGCGAUGUCUCGGGUGAGGCCAGUUGGGAAUGGAUUGGCUAUGACGGCAAACCAGUUGGGUUAGCCAACUUAUCUAUGGAAGCGCAGAAAUUCACGGUUGGCUCGGUUAACUCAACGAUAUUGGCAAGCAUGAAUAUACCUCAGCUCACAAGCGGCGGCAGUCUCCCUGCCGCUAAUGCAGUCUUGAUCGCCAACAUUACUGCCACCGGGACGCCGCCGAAUACCCAAGGCACCAAAACUUAUUCCCAUUCCAAUUACUUCACGGCUACCCCUCUCAGUAAGGCCGAACUAGUUGAUCCAGGCUUGUCAAUCCGUCAAGAGGAAAAUGCUUUCAUCGUCACUGCGGAGAAGGGCGUCAGUGCAUUUACAUGGAUCGCGCUGGAUCCGAGCGAUUCGAGCGCCAUCGUCACAUUUGAUGAUAAUGGUUUCUGGCUUCGGCAGGGCCAAAGCAAAAGGGUUGAAUAUCGUGUUCGUGGAUCAAGCCCCGGCUGGGAGGGCCGCGUUACAAUUAGCAGCAUCUGGAACAAUACUCUGCCUUCGUGAUAGAGGAUGCCCCGGCGUCGCUAUGUCACUGAUAUCUAUUAGCCCCAAAACAGAAUUUCUUUCCCUACAAUCAUGAAGCAUCUGUCGUGAAUGUGGAAGAUUUUAGCUUUCUAAAGACUUUAUCUUGUACUGGUAGCAUAACGUAGAAACUAG